UAAAAAAACUUUUUUUCAAAGUGACAAUAAAAAGUUACAAAAGAUCAAAGUAAUGUUGACUAUCAUUAUUUUCUUGAUAUUUUUUACAAACUGGAAUUAAUCUUUGCUUCUUACAAACUGGAAUUAAUCUUUGCUUCUUACAAACUCGAAUUAAUCUUUGCUUCUUACAAACUCGAAUUGAUCUUUAAAUUGGAUUGUAUAAAAUGAGUGGAGGAUUAGCCCCCAGCAAAAGUACUGUUUAUGUCGGAAAUUUGCCAUUUUCAUUGACUAAUAAUGAUAUUCACAAGGUUUUUGAGAAGUUUGGAAGAAUUGCUAAGGUUACUGUUUUGAGGGAUCGUGUUAGCCGUGAGAGCAAGGGUGUUGCAUUUGUUCAGUUUAUUGAACGUGCUUCUGCUAUUAAUGCUUGCAAAGAAGUGAACCAAAAACAGUUGUUUGAAAGAAAAAUUAAAUGCGUAAUUGCAAAAGAUAAUGGUCGAGCAGCAGAGUUUAUAAAGAAAAAAGAGUAUCCAGAUAAAAGCACUUGUUAUGAAUGUGGUGAGGAAGGUCACUUAAGUUACAAAUGUCCUAAGAAUUUGCUUGGUGAAAGGGAAGCUCCACCAAAAAAAGAAAAAAAAGAAAAAAAGAAAAUUAAGUUAAUAGAGAACCAAAAAAGAAAAAAACUUCUACAAGAGUACUACGAGGAAGACGACGAUACCAUGCUUGAAGAACAAGCGAUUGAGAAUGAUGAUGAAUUAUUUGAAUACAACUUGAGUCAUGCCAUUGAAGAAGAAGCAUUAUCAGCUUUAAAUCGUCCCGAUAACGAACGCAAACGUGGUUUUGAAAGUGAAAGCAGUUUCAUACCUGAUAGUGAAGUAACAGUCGCCGUAAAGAAAAAAAUGAUUAAGAAGUCGUCUUAUUUUAGCGAUGAAGAAGAAGAAGAAGAAGUAGAUGAUGGUUAAAUUAACUACUAGCAUAUGUUUGUGUAAAGUAAUUGAUCGAGCCAAGCAUUGAUCUUAUUAAACAAUAAAAAGAUUUGAUAUCCUAGAUCUCCAACAGUUGGUAAAAUCGUUUUGGUAUCACAUUUGAUUACCCAUAUAAACAUUGUAUUAGGAAUGCUGAUGUAAUUGGCUGAUACAAUUUACUGCUUACUCAGCAAUCUUCCAGUUAGAGUAAUAACGAGCAUGUAGAGUCAAAUAGAAAUUGGUUAGGUAAACGUAAUUAUAUUUAGCUUAAUAGGCUCUCUUAGUAAGUAAAGAUUUUAGAUCGUUAACAGAACUUUUUAGUUUAGUAAUAAUCUAAUUCGAGAACAGUGAGACGAUGCUUGUAAAUCGUUAUCGUAAAAAAAAUAUAUAUCAUGUUGAGAUUAA